GCGUCUGGCAGCGACUCCAGGACGACUGGGAGGUCGCCUCCUCCGCGGGGAGAUAAGACAAAAAAAAGCCGUCAAACAUUUUUCCCGUCUCUUCCGAGUCUUUCGUUACAAAGAAAAAAAUUGAACGCACACGCGCGCUCUAUCUCCGAAUUCGGUAACAAAAAAAAAAAAUGUCCGAAACGUCGCGUCGCCGAGUUCGUUGAAAAUUGUUUCCAAAAAUUUCACCGUUCGAACGAUCCGUUUGAAACGAGGACGAUCGUCGAGGAUCUUAUGUAAAAACGCGACGUCAAAUUCUCGAUAAAAAAUGAGGACGAAGGAGUCGGUAGGAUCCGGCGGUCCCCGGAGUACAGAGAAUCCUAGGAUCUCCUGUUAGCGGAAGUGCGGAGGAAGUGGAAGCGGAAGCGGAAGCGGAAGCGUGAGGAGGACGAGAGAGGAUGUCGACGGUACGUCGUCCCGCGGGUCCCGUGCGUCAAUUGUCGCUUCAGCAACCCCCCAGGAGGCAACAAGUGCGACGUCAGCGUUCCGCCGAGGCUUCGGAUAAACAGCCGCUCCAAGUUUUCGCCAAUCCGAUCAGGUCGCGGCUCAACUGCAACGAGGCGAAGCCGCCGGACCCGGAUCGUCCGAAGGUACGGCUCGCGUGGGACGAGAAUCCCACCGCCAGGCAAAUAGCCGGCAAACCGCGGCCACCGACGGCGAAGAGCAAGGCGUCGACGGGCCGUCCGCCGAUCGGGGAAAAGGCCUCGAUUCUCUACUCCAGACAGGAACUGGCGGAACGGCUGCGGCUCGCUUGGAAACAGAGGGAGGAGAACCGGGCUAACAUCGACAUAUUUCUGGCCCACAACGCGGUGGAGACCGGCUGCGAUUCCAGGCCGUCGUCCGGCGCCGUCGGCGAGGAGGAGAAAGCGGCGGAAAGUCGGAAAAACUCGGGAAUCCCGAGGGACGAUCCGACCCCCGUGGCGUCCGUCAGAGUGACGAAAACGCGGGAUGAGAACGCGGAGGAGCGUCCGGAAUCCGAAUCCCCGGAGCGGAAGGACCGCGAGGCGGCGGACGACGACGACGAUCCGGCGGCCGCCGAUCCGCGGGGAGAUUCCGCGGCGGAGACGGUCGACGAAUCGCGCGGAUUCUGCGGGAAAACCGUGACGUGUAAUAACGUCACGUCGCGAGAUUCGAGGAACGGAGAUCCGCCGGACGGCUGUCAGCAGCAGCAGCAGCCGGACAAAAAGAAGGAUCAAGACGCGAGGGCGAGGAGAGCCAACUUUUCCAACAACUCGGUGAACGGUAACAGGAUAUCGAGCAGCUCGGCGGGUCCCCCGGCGGUUCCGCUUGCGGAAACGCGUCGCGAACGUCAGACCGGAAGUACCAAGGAGCAGGGCCUCCUCCUUCCGCUGGUCCAGUCCGAGGGGAGGACCCGCCGUACGAAUUCGGCGCCUCCUUUGAACCAGCGCUCGAGGUCGUCGUCCUCGUCCUUGAUAAAUUCGACGGUCGUUAGAACCCAAGUGAGCAUAGUAAUCGACGCACCUUCGAUCGUCGGCGGUUCGUCGCUCGCGUUAAAUCGGGAUAUAAAAUCCGAGACGGCCGGAGGUGGCGGCGCCGCCGCCGCCGGCUCGCCGCAGCCAUCGGAGCCGCCGCUUACGACGAGGGCGUCGAUUCCGUCUAAUCGAGCGAUAAAAUCAGCGCCGAUAAAAAGACGCGCCAAAAGCGGCAAGCGUCGAUCGGUAUCGGGGGGCGUUAAUCAUCAGCAGGGGUCGGCCGGUGCCGCCGAUUCGAACGGAACGUGCGAAUUCGAGGUGGAUAUAAACGAUGCGAAUGUCGAAGGGAGGUCGAGGAAAUCGUUCGCGAAGAAUCGUCAAACGACCCAGUCCUCGAAGCACGCGGACGUAGUGACGAUGGUUUCGCUGGUCAGUUCGGCCGACAGCGACAGCGACAUCGAUCGAAAUUCACCCAGAGAUGACAAACUGAUUCACGAACUGCGCAACAAACUAACGACCACACCGAUAAUAAAGACGUCGGCCGGCUGCUGUCAGGCCGUAGCCGCCGUGCUCAGGAAACCGAUAAAAUCGGUGUCAUUCCAGCAUCAGGAUUCUUUCGACAUAGAGAGGGACAAUAAUCAGCAGGAGACGCAGGGGAGGGAAGACAACCGAAAAUGGGGAGUUAUCGGAGUGUUCGGUCAGCAAAGAUAUCCGGUGGUGUGUCGGGGUGGCGGAAGUGCGUUGCCUACCCCCGAAGAGGCGAACGUUUGGAGAUCCGAGGAAACGACGACGACGACGACGACGACGUCGACGUCUCCGUCGACUUUGACGACAAACGCAACGGGUGCAACCGCGACGACGUUCCCCUUCGCCACCCCGACAACCGCCGCGAUCACCCGGAGCAACGACGAAUCGAACGAUAAAGAAUCCGAGGAUACUAUUUUAACCCCCGUAACCGAUCGGGAAAAACGAUGCCUGGCUGUACCAAUCGGCGAUCCAAUUCGCGAUAAAAAACGAAGACUUUUACGUACCAGAAGCACGCCGCCCGGUCGUCCUUACGGACAUUCGGAGGACGGAUCGAUCAACGGGGGUGGCGGUAGUAACAACAACAACAACAACAACAACAAUAACGGUCAGCUAAAUUCCGCUGCGGGUGUCGCGAGCGAGAUGACGGGAAUUUCGCGAAAUCGCGAGAACGAGGGGCCUUCGAACGACGUGAGGGGAAACUCCGCGUUUCCGGGUACCCGCAACGAGCUCCCCGUCGUCAAGAUCGACACGAAAAUCGCUGGAGAUAGCGCGGAGAUAAUCUUGGAAUCCGACGGCGCGACUAACGCGUCGUCAUCGUCAGAGCCGAAAUUUCAAACGACGAAAGAACGCGAAUGCUGGCACCUCUACAAACGAAUGUGCGACAAAGGGGUCUACGUGUCGUUCGAUACGGUUCUCAGGGGUAUGUUAACGCCGACGGAGUAUCGUCUACGACAAAAAGAAACCGCGGCAGACUGCUGACGUGCCAUUCGAUAUCGAAAUAUUAUGUUUUAUGUUUUAUUACCUUUCUUUCAUUUAUCUGAAAUAUCUAUAUAUGGAACUGCAUCGUCGGAUUCGACGUGGAAAUAUACGAAGAAAGAUAAGAAAGAAACAUAUAUAAAAAUAGAGAUUGAUCGGCUUGUUUUUUUUGCUCGAUCAAUAGAUAUAUAUUACAACAGAUAUGUACGUGUGUGUAUAUAUACGAGAAAAUCGACAUAUAUGCCCUUAACGUAUUAUUAUUAUGAUUAUCAUCGCUUUACACAUAUUUCUGAUGAUAUUGAAAUGAUGUUGAUGAUAUUGAAAAAAGCGAAGGGGAUAUUUCGUCUUUCAAAGAUUCAAGUGUAGAGCGAAUUGUAGGUAUAAUAUAGGCGUGCAAUUGUAAGAAAACCCGAAUAGAAAAGUAAAGGAAGAAAAAAAAAAAGCCCGAUUAUUGAUUAGUUUUAAACGAGCUUUUGGGUAAAAACUGCCUAAUUUUUAGAAGAUAUAAUAUACAAUGUAACUAUAACGUGAAUUAUAGGUAAUAUAUAGAUAUAUGACUGCACUCUGUAGAAGUGUAGAGACUGUUGUUAAUUGUAGGUGUACAUAUAAAGUGUACUGAAUAUCUGUACGUAUUUGCCAAUAAGCAAUAUUUCUCAUUUCUCAUGUAAUUUUGAUUUUUGAAGAAAAUAUCCAGCAGGAUAUCAUCAACGUAUA